GUUCCACAGGCAUAAAGUCCGUGAUGCCCCACUGGAGAGUUCAAGAGGCGAAGGAUACAGGUAAACUCAGAGCCUCAUUUUCUGCCAAGUCGAGUGCUCUCUGAAAACCAUCUUAAAAUGGCUACUGGACCGCCUACUGCAGCGGGGCCGUAUGCUCCGAAACUUUGGAGAUCUACCAGGAAGGAGAGGGCUCCAUCGAUAGACUCCGCUACAUCCAGCGUUCAAGGGGGCUAUACGUUUGGAAUGAAAGCUCCCAUCGUCGAUUUCUUCGGUCAUGAUUAUAUUACGAAGUUCGCUCCACUGGAAGACAUUCUGCUCGGUAGAGCUGAUGAGAUCAUGGAAGAUGCAUAUAAAGCAGACCCACUCGAGGAGACGUAUCUACCCUGGACAAAAGACGGCUACAACUUUCGGUGGAUUCAUGUUCCUGCCAACAAUAUGGUUUGGGUUGAGGAAAUCAUCAAAAAGGUGUGCGAAUCGAAGGACGAACGGCGAGCCAGGAAGGCAAAGGGAGAUGCGCAGAAGAAGAAGAGGAAGGCGCUGAAGGCAGGAGAUAUUUUGAAUGCCAAAUAUUGGAAAGACCAGCAACGUGGAUGCCUCGAACACUGCGCCAAUCACCCACUUUAUGCGAGGCAUAUGGUUCCAUUCUUUGCGGAAAUUCCAACUGAUUGGGAAUCUGCCACCCUCUCCGUUGUUGCACCCAUUUCCGACGCGCCGCCGCUUGAAAAUCUAUCAGCAGUCAAAACACCUGUUACUCCAAGCCCAAGACUAUCCCUGGAUACAGCGAAGACCACGAACGAGCCUAGCCAGUGCGCCGAAGAUCCAACAGCUCACAACAUGGUCCUCUUCAUGCCAUAUCUUCAUUGGGCAACCAGUGGAGACCGUUUAGAUCGCAGAAUUGCCCUGAUCAGAGAGCUUGCCGAUAAGUUCAGAGAUCCUCAAUACAAAAGACCCACUCCCGAAGAGAUCGAAGCCGAAGAAGACGAUACAAUCAAAAUGAAGAUACUACGAGCGUUUCUCGAUCCUAGGAAUGAUCGAUGUUUACAUGUUCGAAGAACACUGGAUCAAUACUACUACAGUACUUUGACUGAUGCCGAUGAACGAACUGUGUCUCAAGUCGUCUACAAAUUUGCGAAAAAGCAGCACCGCAGGAAGAUCGAAGAGGCUGAGAAGACAAAACAGGAAGAGAAGAGAAGGAAAGCAGAAUGGAUGGAAAGAAGAAAGUGGGAGAGAUCUGAAUCAUCUUUGCGGAGUAGCAGGAGCCGGGUGGACCCAGAAAUUGACGUCGCAGUGAUGGACGCCCAGGAAGUAAAACGGGUCGAAGCUUCUUGGGAUCCGCCGAAGGUCAUGAUGGUCAACCAGUUGUGGAUGUGGAUCAUAGACGGCGAUACCGUGAUUACCAGUUUCCCAGCCAAAAGUAAAUCAGAGCUUUCCAUUAUCGAUCCGGCCGACGAGAAAGACUAUAUGGAAGGAGACGAUAUCUACGAUUCCACCGAUAUUUGGAGCGCAGUUCAACGAGAGCUUCGACAUAGAACAACGUACGGGCAAAGGACUGCAAAGUCAGCGCUUGAUCUAGCUUGGACGAUUGCUGAUCAAGCGCGUGGCGUGUUCCAAAAGAGAAAUCUUCACCCUCAUUUGCAGUUCAUACAAAUGUUUGAAAUGGAGAUCAAUGAGAUUACUUUCCACCAAUCAAAUGCAUUCGCAACAUUCUCCAGAAACGUCAGGGCAGCACAUAAUGCCAAUAAUAUAGCGAAGUUGCUGAAUCUCCUUUCGACUUUCUGGAAAGAGAAUUCUGGCACGACACAGAUCCAGGUAUGGAGAGACAACUUUAGAACCUUUGCAAUUGAUUUCAGAAGGAAGUUCGGGCAAAGUGUUGCAGAUGCUCAAGCCCAAGCGAAGGCCCAAGGUGCACACUGGCCAGCUCUAGUGGACGUGCCGACGCCGUCUCUUUCGGAUUCUCGGCAAACACCCUCAAGAGGUGGCUCCGUAGGAUCAUUCAAACCUUUCAGGAAAGACCCCACGGAGGCCGUAGAGGACCAAAAUUGGGGCAAUGUGCUGAAGAAGACCUACUAUGAGCUUCAAGAGACAAUUGAGAACCGGAAUAAUAUCAAACUUACAUAUGAGGACAUUGAAGCACAGCUAUUGGGCAAGCUUCUGGACCGUUUCAAAGAUCUGGAGAAGAUUGUCCAGACAGCUCAUUCGACUGUAUCCUUAAGCAAAAAGCUGAAAAGUCUCGUGGACGCGGCUUUCAAAUCUCUCGACUGGUAUACUGACCUGGCAAUGGAACACCUCUUCGACAUAACAACUGAGACGAACUUAAUGACCGAGAUCAAAGACAUCCUGGAUGAGCUGAACAUCAUCAGUUCAGUGGGGCGCCAGCAAACCAGCGUGAUCAAACCUUUCAUGCGAGACAUGCUCAAUCAGUCUCUAGAUACGCAAGAUAAAUCCUUCCACGACAGCACCAGGUUGGAAACGCAAAUUGAAGAACUUCAGAAGACCGCCAAGUCAACCUAUAGAGCUUUGCAAGAUCUGCUUGAUCUCAAGCAAAAGCAGGCGAGUGUGAUCGAAGCUCGCGCCGCAAGGAAAGAUGCCAAGUCCUCCGCGGAUCAAGCCGAAGCUUCGACUUCACUUACAUACGAAACUGUCAAGCAGGGCUGGUCCAUCAUGAUUUUCACAAUCGUUACGAUUAUCUUCCUUCCUCUUUCCUUCUUCACCGGCCUCUUCGGCAUGAAUGCCAGAGAACUUCUCACGGGCGAGCAUUCGAUUGGAUUCUAUUCCAUCAUCAUGUAUCCUGUGUCCUUCGUUAUCACCUGCAUCUCCCUCGGCCUAGCCCUGAAACCCGAGUUCCGCAUCUUUGUUCUACGUGUGCUGAAGAAAACGCUGAGUUUGAAAUGGUGGUUGACGCUAUGGGCGAGGGUUUUUGGGAGCAGGAUUAGGGUUGCCAGACGGGCUAGGAGGGACAGGGUUACAGAGAGUGGUGAGCUGGAAAAUGGGACAGGGACGGCGACGGGGAAGAUUGAGUACCAGGAGUGAGGUUUGGUGUUGAGAUUUGGUUCGAUAUUCUUGUCGCAAUCAUGCUUGAUUAAAAGCCUGAUUUAGACUUGUCGGAAGCUGGGUUUUAGUUACGCGCGGUGGGCUGGUGUGGCAAAAAAAUCACGUGUCAGAAAAUAUCACUGUCACCUGACCCGGAGAAAUAUUUGACCGGCCGCCGGAGGCUUAAAGGGGGGUUUAAGGGGG